UGUAUAAAUGUUAGUUGGCUAAUGCCAACACGUGAAGCUGUGGAAGACAUUCAUACUCCAAAUCCACUACCUGCUCGUGGCAUAUAUGGUUUUGCUCUUUAUAUAUCGUCUAUCUGUUUCUUGACGUUGUAUAUUCUGUGGGCCGUUGUUCCGACACCACUUUUAAAGCGUUUAGGUAUAACCUACGUGCCUGCGAAAUAUUGGGUUAUUGCAAUCCCAUCACUUAUCAUUUUUUCGCUAUCCACUUUUGUGGUUGUUGUUCUGGUGUUGAAUAUCUAUCGGUUUGGCGGCUACCGUAUUUUUGAGGAAGUAGAGGUUGGAAAUAAUCGUGGGGAUCGUGGGUACUUUGUCAGUGGUGAUGUUUACAUGGAUGACUACAUACUCGGGUCCACUACAGAUUUUCCCGAUGACGAAAUAACAUUGUCGUCUCGUGAACGUUUCGGUCCGGUUGACGCGGUUGAACAUAUUGAAUUUCAGCUUCCUUGUCAAAGCAACGAGGUACUUGAUUAUGCUGAUGACAAUGGAGCGCUUUACGAAGACGUUGAACAAAUUGGUACUGUAAACCAACUCAGGGAAGCAAUUGACAAGCGUUGUAGUGGUUGUGGUGCUCAUUUGCAUUGUAAGAGUAGUUCACUUCCUGGAUUCUUGCCUGAGGAGCUAUUAGAGAAAGCAGCUCGCAAGAAGCUUCCUCAGACGGUGUUGUGCAGACGAUGCCACUUAUUAAAACAUUACAGUUUUCUGUUGAAUGUGAACGUCUGCGAAGUAAAUUACGAGUCGAUGAUGUCAUGUUUGCGGCUGAAUUGCGAAGCCCUUGUAAUACUAAUAGUAGACGUUACUGACAUCCCAGGAAGUAUCCAUCGUCAACUGCCACGUAUAAUUGGGCCACGAAAACCGAUGAUUGUUGUAGCAAACAAAAUCGAUCUUCUACCACCGGAUGCCCGAUGCGGAUACCUGAAGAGAUUCAAAUUAGUUGUUGAGGACGCUAUCACUAAAGCCGGAUUUCGGGAGCAGUUCGUUAUUUUACACACGGCUCUUGUUAGUGCAAAAACUGGAUACGGUGUUGAAGAUCUAAUUACUGAAAUCUACUUGAAGUACACUAAUAUCAAACUCGGCGUGCGCAAUGACAUAUAUUUAAUCGGAUGUACGAAUGCAGGAAAGAGUCUGUUCAAUGCUUUAUUGCAAUCAGAUCUAUGCAAGGUUCAUGCAAUUGAUAUUGUUGAACGUGCAACGACUUCUAUAUGGCCUGGAACAACGUUGUCCUUAUUGAAAUUUCCUGUAAUGAGGCCCACCACGUAUCGUCUUGAACUUCGCCGACGAAGAUUGCUUCAAACUAGAGCAUGGCUGAAGAAGGAGAUGUACAGCAGGUUGGGUUACUUUUUAUUGGAAUGUGCCAUCCAUAAAUGCGCUCUGUGUGAUCACAGUAGCUAUACGGUAUUAGUACAAAAAAGAACUGUUUUUAGAUGGUCACUGCAAGAUGAACUUUUCAAAAAAGGAAUGUGGUGUUAUGAUACACCAGGUACGAUAAACACUGAGCAGGUUCUUAACAUGUUUACUCUGGAUGAGUUGAUACAUGUUUUACCACGCCAUUUGCUGCAACCGCGUACUGCUUUGGUGCCCACUGGCUACUCACUCUUAAUUGGAGGUGUAGCCCGAGUCGAUGUCGAAGAAUGUGCCAAAGAUGACCGCUUACUGCUGACGACAUUCGCGAGUGACGAUCUUCCUUUGAAUUGUAUGCGAACAUGCGAGGUUGAUGAGUUUCUUAAAGAAAAUCUUGGUACAGAUGCUCUAGUGGUUCCACGUGGAAAGGAAAGGCUCUCUCAAUGGCCUGGUAUGGAAAGUUGCGUGUUUGAGCUAAGUGGAAGAAAAAACGGUGGAGCUGUUGCUGAUGUUGUUCUUUCAUCCAUUGGAUGGGUUCUAGUCACAAGUUCAAGUCCAUUAAUUCGCAUUCGGUCUUACACUCCCUGUGGAAGAGGACUAACGACAAGGAUGCCCAUACUGCCGUUUGCUGCUGAUCUUCGUGGUAAACGAAUAGCAGGAACUAGAUUUUACAAACAGAAGGAUUCCUCUCCUGGUAAGGACUACCAAUCUGAGAAGGAGUCCGGCGUAUCCAUCGAGAAGCCCAGCUAA